AUGACUUCUAUCUCCUCUCGUCCGAUCGAGCUCUCCGAUUUCAUCGAUCGCUGGCAAGAUACUUCCAUCGGAGUAGCGGAAAAAGCUGCUCUGCAAGAAUGGUCCACCACCGCGAUCGAUUACUGCCUCACCUCGGAUACCAUCCGAAAGUUCGCCUGGGAGUCUGCUCGCCUCUCCCAAGUCCUUGAUACCCGUGGGUCAACCAGGUUGCUGCGCCAGUUGGUGAACGCUAUCAUCGAGGGAACCACAGACGGAACAUCUCUCGACCCUGUUCUACUGCAGUCUCUCGCUUACACAAUCCGACAGCGGGAGGCUGGAUGGUCGUUCGACAGCACCGAGGUUCUCGCGUCGCUGUUCACAAGUCUCAAAGCGCGGCUGGAACAGGCGGAUGCACAGGGGGGCUUGGAAAGGAAAUAUGAGCUCCUUUGCGUGUUGAGUGUGGUCGUCGAUGCCAUGGUUGACAUCGGUGUCUCCAAUAUCAGCCACGAACAAUUGUACAAGCCGUUGAUCGAUCUGCUCGAUAAAUUCUCAAAAGACAAGGAGCUUCAUGUCGCCCAAGCGGCAAACUACGCUGCACAAGCUUUGCGUGGAAUUCCAGAUGACGAUACUAUCGGUAAAGCAUCCUUGCGCGGGCUGAUUCGUGCGGUCGAUAUAGGAACGACACUCGCGAGUGCUGCGACUUCGAUCGACCUGGCCGCGCUAUGGGAGGCAGCAAAGUCGACUCUCGGCGCCGUCGCAAGCCUGGAAGAUUUCAUUUUGGAUACAUUCAAGACCCGCACGGGGAAGUCCUGGUAUACGGCAUUGCGGAUGACAAGCGUUCUCAUCCGAACCAAAUCUUGGACUGAAUUAGAGCACUUCAUCCGAGUGGCGGAGAGCCGGAACAACCCAGAUUUUCUCUGCGGUCUGUAUGCCCAACUGGAUCGUGUUUCCGAAACGCACCAGAAAGGAAUUCUCAAGUGUAUCCCACGCAGUCAAGACGAUCGCGUUCAGGCCUGGAGGAAUUAUCUAGGCUCGGAAUCAUCAGAGGAAUCGCAGCACAGUCAGUCGGACCACCGCAGAUUUAGAAAUCUGAAGAGGUCCAAGACAUUCCAAUGGUCAUUCAAGGCCUGUGGAUGGGAAGAUUCUCGACGAAACUUCACAGAUCACAGCAAUAACUUCCUCUAUGUCGCUUAUCAGAAGUGUCCGGCAGCAAAGGAAUACUACACCAAAAACGCUCUGAUCCAGUUUUAUACCGAACAAGACAAUAAAAGACUUCAGAUCCAGCGUCUAUCUGGGGACACACUGCCCAUGAAUCACUGCUAUAUCAACCUUACAGUGUUGGGCGAUUCGUCGGAUGAUGAAGUCUCCUUCACUGACCUUUUCAGUCCUCGAGAGCGAAACGGUAAAGUGAUCCAUCCUAAGCGGAUUUUCAUCGAGGGGCAGGCAGGCGUUGGGAAAACGACACUCUGCAAGAAGAUGGUGCAUGACUUCAUUUACAAGAAUCAAUGGUCUGCUCUGUUUGGAUGCAUCCUGUGGCUUCCACUACGACACCUCAAAGGCAAAUCGGCCAAUGCAUAUUCCUUGGGGGACCUGUUCUAUGAUGAGUACUUUUCACAACACUUUGAUGGUAGGCUACUCGCCGAUACCUUAUUUUCACUGGUCCAGAAAGAGGGAGCUCGAGUCCUUUUUAUCCUGGAUGGCCUCGACGAAGUGUCUCAAGAAUGGGAUAUCGAAACCUCAAUGGACCGUUUUCUCCAGACCCUUCUUGGGCAGUCUCGAGUCAUCAUCAGUUCACGGCCCUACAGCAUGAGACAACUCAACAAGGACACACUCGACUUGCAGCUGAGGACGGUAGGAUUCUCUUCGGAACAAAUUAAAAAAUACGUCCACGCCCCAGAAAUCCAGUCCGAUGCAGAAACAGCGAGCAGGAUAUGGCUCUUCAUUCAGGAACAUCCUUGA